AUGGGUUCCAAGUUUCUUAUUCUUGUGCUUCUUGGUGCCCUCGUUUGUGCCACUACUAGUGCUGCCAGGAAGCUUAUGAGCCAAGAGGGCUCUUUUCAGGAUGAGAAAACGUUCUUUGGUCGUCCUGGAUUUGGUGGUGGACUAGGUGGUGGAGGUGGUGGUGGAGUUGGCUUUGGUGGGGGUGCUGGUCUAGGAGUUGGCGGGCUUGGUGGAGGUGGCGGUGGAGCUGGCUUUGGUGGGGGUGCUGGUCUAGGAGUUGGCGGGCUUGGUGGAGGUGGCGGUGGAGGAUUUGGUGGUGGGGGUGGACUAGGUGGUGGGUCUGGGUUUGGUGGUGGAGCUGGUGGUGGCUUUGGAGGUGGGGCUGGCCUAGGCGGGGGAGCCGGAGGAGGUGGAGGUAGAGGUGGAGGAGGAGGACUUGGCGGUGGAGCUGGCGGAGGAUUUGGUGGAGGAGCUGGAGGUGGAUUUCCUUGA